GCUUUUGCGUUAUUUAUUGUUUUCGCCGUGGUAUAAGAGGACUAUUAAUGAUAGGUAUUUACUGAUCGCUUACUUUGGGGCCCUCCAUACCCUGUAUCGAAACCACCUCCCCGCUGGCCUUCCUCCUCUCGGGGUGGGGAGCCCAGGGUCCCAAGCACCCGGAACGCUAGCUCGGCUACUGGAGAAUCAGAGACCCGCACCCUGAAGAAGCCGGGGGCAGGGAGGGGAGAGCGCCGGUAACGGACACUUCCGCCCGCACGAGGCCUUCCGGUGCGGAGGUCACCAUGGCGGCGUACUUGGCUCGGCUAGGGCUCCGGUCUGUGAAGCAGGUUCGGGUUCAAUUCUGCCCCUUCGAGAAGAAUGUGGAGUCGACGAGGACCUUCCUCCAGGCGGUGAGCAGCGAGAAGGUCCGUUCCACCAAUCUCAACUGCUCGGUGAUUGUGGACGUGAGGCACGACGGCUCCGAGCCCUGCGUGGACGUGCUGUUCGGAGACGGGCAUCGCCUGAUUAUGCGCGGUACCCACCUCACCGCCCAGGAAAUGCUCACAGCCUUCGCCUCCCACAUCCAGACUAGGGCUGCGGCGGGGAGCGGGGACAAGCCAGGCGCUGGUACCGGGCGCUGACAGUGCAGAAGAGAUCAACAAGCAGAUUUUAGCUUGGGAUUGUUAGGACACUUACCUAAGAGUUUGAGAGACUUCGUCACUCGAAUCACCAUCUGGAGGGCCAUGGAGCGCCACAAAGAAAAAAAUAGCGAGCCCUGUGACUACUGAUCCAACCAACGUUUCUGAAACGAGACAUGAUUGGAGAGGGAUCUGCACAAACUUGAAUUUAUUUCAUUUUCUUAUCAUCACUCCCUGCUUAACCCUUUUGAAUAUGGCUUUUCCCACCACUCACUCAAGGUACCUCUUGCUCUUAUUAGCCAAAUCCAGUGCUGUUUUUCCUCGGUCCUCAUAGUUCCAUCUCAGUAGCAUCUGCCACUUUUAAUUCACUCCCUUGUGGAAGUUCUCUUCCUCAUGGGUUUUUUUUUCUUUCAACCAUAAAAUUGUACUCUCAUCCUUCAUUUUCUUCUGUAUGUCUGAGCAUUUCAUCCUGUCAUAACUUGAACUCUGGGGUUAAAUCCUACAUUUCUGUUUGGCUCUAAUCUCAACGACUGUGCUAUGGUCAGGUUACCUACUACCGAUUUCCUCCAAACCCCACCAAACUCUGUGUCCAAAAUAGAAUUGAUAAUCUUACAUAUACGUAUACUUGCCUCUCCCCCUGACUUCUCCAUUCCUUCAUCUGCUUCAUCUUCUCAGCCACCUGGGCUGGAAACUGCAGCAUUAUCUCUGCUUCUGCCCUCUCUCUUUCCCUGCAUAUCCAGUUAGUAAAUUCAAAAUAUUCUUUUUUAAACAAAAACUUCUGAAAUGUUUUCUCCGUUCCCAUUCACUUUCCUGUAUCAUUGUAUUCUCCCACCCAAUCUCCAUUUUUUCUGACCAUUUUUGCUGCUGCUUACUUUUAUCUUUCAAAGCACAUCACUGUUUUUAUGUCUCACUACUUGUUUCACACUAUGCCCAAUGCGUUUUUCAUACUGGGUUACCAACUCAUUAGUAUGGAUCAUGAAAUCGAUUUAGAGGGUUAAAUCAGCCUUUCAAAAACAAAGUAAAAUAGAAUAAAAAGUAUCAGAGUGCAUGGCAUGGAGAAUGGGAAGUACUCUUUUAAGAAAUUUAAGUUUUCAGCAUAAUCAUGAAUAUAUAUAUAAAACAUGAAGUAUGUUUAUGUGUGCGUAUCUGCAGGUACUUGGUUGCAGAAUAGAAUUGUUUCUUAUCACGGGUUGUAGGAAAAGAUGGUUGAUGGCUACUGGUUUAGAGAACUUCAGAAUCCUCAGACAAUCAAGGAUCUCUAGACACUGGCUGCUGUGUACUUUGCCAAAUACAUUUUCGAUGACUUUGCUAUAGCAUUACUACACUGCUUCUCUGCUUGAAAGGGUGCUCUUUUCAAGGGCUGUUUUUUUCCCCUCCCCCUUUAAAAAAGAAACUACCAAAAACCAAACCAAAAACCUACCAGGAGGCAGUAUGAUGUAGUAAAGAGCCAGAAUUCCUAAGGUUGAAAUCUUAGCUUUGCCCCUAAGUAGUUCUGUGACUGUGAAAAAAUUACUUAGUCUCUCAGUGCCUGUUUCCUCAUUAGUAAAAUUGGGAUAGUAGUACCUAUCUUCUAGGACUGUUGAGAGGAUUAAAUGAGUUGCUAUUGUAAGUGCCUAAAACAUUACCCGGAGCAUAUGUGUUAUCUAAGAGGCCUUAUGCUAUAGCCAAAAGGAUACUGACAGCCUAGAUUUGAGUUCCCCAGCUCAGUGGCUAGCUGGCUCUUCUGUCUGGCCAGACUUUACCUCUCUCCUCAUCUGUAAAAAUGGGCAUGGUUCAGACAUUGUUGUAAACAUAGAUUGAAUGCUGGCACUGUGAACUUGAGGUUGGGGCUGUUUUUUCUGUGUCCCCAGCACUUUGCAUAGUGCCUGAUACAUAGUGUGCAAUUAACAUUUGUCGAGUUUACAAAUAUUUACCAUCUACGGUGUGCAAUUAGUACUGUAACUGUGAUUAGUACUGGGAUACAAAGAUGAAUAAUGAAACCCGGGUAUGUAAUAAGUGCUACAGUAGACAUGUGAAUUAGAUGCAAUGGUAGCAAGGAAGAGAAAGACAUGAGUGACCAUUAGGUUUGGUCAGAAGGUGAUUGUUGAAAGAGCAAAAAGUCUACCAGUGGAGGGUAGGGCCAGAUACCAUAUUAUAGCAAAAUUGAAAGCGGAUAUAUGUAGCAUAAAGUACUAGCUUUAUAUAAUGAGUUUGGAUGGGAGGUGUGAUAGUAGCUAGAGUAGCAUAAUGAUGUUGAGUAGGGUGUUUUAAAGGAUGAUAGGGACUUGCACUUUAUGAAAAUACCUUUCAAAAAGUUUUUUUAGUGUUUGAGAGAGAGACAGAGUGUGAGCAGGGGAGGGUCAGAGAGAGACAGAGACAUAGAAUCGGAAGCAGGCUCCAAGCUCUGAGCUGUCAGCACAGCAUGAUGCAGGGCUCAAACCCAGGAACCCUGAGAUCAUGACCUGAGCAGAUGUCAGGAGCUUAACUGACUGAGCUACCCAGGUGCCCCUAUGAAAACACCUUUUAUGCUAAGGUGCAAAUGUUGCCUCCUUCCUACAGCCUUUCCUGACCUGAAUAUAAGCUAUCCUUCUCCUAAACUGCUUCACUUCCUGGUUUGUAGAAAAGCGGGGGAAAUGCAUUCUCGACAUGCAUGCACCACCAUUCUGGUCCUAUUAGGGUUCAUCUAGAUAAGGAAAUCUGGACUGAGUGGAUAUCUGAUUUGUCUAAAGUUACAGGUCGCUUGAAGACUGCUGGAACAGGGCCCUUGGAUGCCUCAGUUGGAUAAGUGUCCCACUUCGGCUCUGGUCAUGAUCUCACAGUUCCGGAGUUCAAGCCCCACAUCCAGCUCUGUGCUGACAGCUCAGAGCCUGACACCUGCUUCUGAUUCUGUGCCUCCCUCUCUCUCUGCCCCUUUGUCUCUCAUGCUCUCGCGCUCUCUCUCUCUCUCUUUCUCUCUCUCUCUC